CUACAGAGGCCCGUUCCACCAACAUGGCGGACAACAAAGCCCCGGCAUGGGGGCCGCGCUGCAGCCCGGCGGCCUCGACACCUUCCAGCCCAACUCGCACGAGGCCUUCUCGGGCCAGUACAACAACUACAGCGCGGCCGCCUACCCGGCCGCUCGCAGCGGCUACCCCAACCCGGGCUACGGCCUGAGCUCGCCCCGGGCCGCCGCCGCCGGCCCCAAGGCCAUGGCGGCCGCCACUUUCCAGCGCUACGUGGGGCAGCAGCAGCAGCAGCAGCAGCAGACUCCCGGGCCCGGGCUCCAGCAGCAACCGCCGCCGCCCGCCUCCACCACCCCGACCCUCAACCAGCUCCUGACCUCGCCGAGCGGCGCCAGGGCCUUCAGCGGCUACAGCCAGGCCCAGGCCCAGCAGCAGCAGCAGGACUACAGCAGCGGCCAGGAGUUGGCCAAGGGAGCCGAGCUGGGCAGUCAGUACCCGGUCCAGGCCUGGCCUGGGCAACAAAAGAGCCACCACCCGCCCAUGAGCCCGGGCAACACCGGGCAGACCCUGACCAGGACACAGCCGACUAGUCCUAUGGACCACAUGGGGAUGAAAAGACCUCAGCCGUAUGGUGGCAAUAAUAAUCCAUAUGCACAGCAGCCUCAGCAGGCACCACCGCAGCAGAGCGGACCUUACCCAGGACAACCGUAUGGACCUCCAAUGUCUCAGCGCUAUCCUGUGGGUGCGCAGGGCAGGACCCAAGGCACCAUGAGUGGCGGGAUGCAGUACCCACAACAGAUGGCUCCUUACAGCCAACAGGGUGCAGGCAGUUACUGUCAGCAGGGCCAGACGCCUUACUACAACCAGCAGCAGCCUUCCUACCCUCAACAGCAGCGAUUCCCACUACAGCAGCAGGACAUGUCUCAGGAAGCAUUCGGAACUCAGCCUCCACAGGCUUUGACUUCCAACAAACCCAGCCAGGAGGAGCUGACCCUGAUGCAGCAGGGACGUCCAUCCAGUUUGCCGGGCAGCCAUUUUAGGCAUCUGGAGCAAUGCAUUACAGAGAUCGAAAUAAGCACCCUCCUGGAAGUCCGAGACAGGCUAAAAUACACUGGGGAUCUGUCAGGUUCUAUUGAUGAUUUACCUACGGGGGCAGAAGGACCGCUGAGCCCGGGAGCCAGUACUUCAGGAAUCUCCAGCAGUCAGGGGGAGCAAAGCAACCCCGCGCAAUCGCCCUUCUCUCCUCAUACCUCUCCACAUCUGCCUGGGAUCCGCGGUCCCUCGCCUUCUCCUGUAGGAUCACCAGCCAGUGUCACACAGUCGCGCUCAGGACCACUGUCCCCAGCAGCUGUACCAGGAAACCAGAUGCCUCCCCGACCUCCAAGUGGUCAGUCUGAUGGAAUCCUUCACCCCUCCAUGAACCAGGCGUCAAUGGGACAGGAUCGAGGCUACAUGCCGCGAAACCCCCAGCUGCCUCAGUAUGGCUCUCCACAGACCGGCUCCUCCUUAUCUCCACGCCAGUCUCCUGGAGGCCAAAUGCACACCGGAAUGAGCCCUUACCAGCAGAAUAAUUCUAUAAAUUACGGGCCCCAGGGUGGCCAGUACGGACCUCAAGGUGGCUAUCCCAGACAACCCAAUUACAAUACCAUGUCCAACGCAAGCUAUGGGAUGGGAGGCACCAUGAACACAAUGACCAGCGUCAACCAAAUGCACGGACAAGGUCCUGCACCACCUUAUGGAGGGAUGCCCCCUGGAAGGAUGGGCCCCACGACAAUGGGCAACCGGCCUUACGGAGGCAACAUGACACCGAAUGCACCAACCCUCCAGGCACAGAUGACCUCAGGAAUGUGCCCACCACCAACAAUGAACCGCAAGGCUCAGGACGCUGCAGUGGCUGCAAUGCAUGCAGCAGCAAACUCUGUGCAGAGCAGGCAGCCUAGUUACCCACCCAUGAAUCAAGGUGGUAUGAUGGGUGCUGGCUCCCCCUACAGCCAGGGAAUGAACAGUAUGGCUGGGAUGAUGAACCCACAAGGUCCUCUAUAUUCUAUGGCCAGCAACAUGGCAAACAGCUCUGCAGGGAUGACUCCCAGCCCAGAGAUGAUGGCCCUCGGAGAAGGGAAAUUGCCACCAACACAGAAAGCAAACAACAAGGCGGAUGGGAUGCUGAAGGCUGAGACAAAGUCUAAGAAGAGCAGCUCCUCCACCACCACAAAUGAAAAGAUCACCAAGCUAUACGAGUUGGGUUCAGAACCAGAGCGUAAGAUGUGGAUCGACCGGUACUUUGCCUUUAUGGAGGAGAAGGGCAUGAUGAUGACUAAUCUACCUGCAGUCGGCAGAAAACCGCUGGACCUUUACCGGCUCUACAUGUCCGUCAAAGAUAUCGGGGGCCUGACACAGGUAAACAAGAACAAGAAGUGGCGGGAGCUGGCCACCAACCUGAGUGUGGGCACAUCCAGCAGUGCAGCCAGCUCGCUGAAGAAGCAGUAUAUCCAGUGUCUGUUUGCCUUCGAGUGUAAGAUUGAACGAGGUGAGGAUCCUCCACCAGACGUCUUCGCUGCCUCAGAUUCCAAAAAGCAACAACCAAAGAUACAGCCUCCUUCUCCGGCUGGCUCAGGGUCUCUUCAGGGCCCUCAGACACCUCAGUCCACCAGCAGCUCGAUGACAGAGGGAGAUUUAAAGCCACCAACACCAGUCUCAACACCCCACAGCCAUAUGCAGCCGAUGCAGGGUUCAAGGAGCAACUCUGUGAGUGUCCAGGACCCGUUUGCAGAGACGAGCGACCCGGCAUUCCAUAAGAGGACUUCGGUGACACCAAACCCUGUGUACCAGCCUGGCAUCAAUGCUUCCGAUAUCAUGGGCCGUAUGCCCUACGAGCCCAAUAAAGAUCCAUUCAGUGGCAUGCGCAAAGCAGCUCCUGGAACUGACCCCUUCAUGUCUGCUGGACCUGUUCCCAAUGCGGGGAUGGGAGACCUUUACAACCGCCCCACGACCACGGGUAUGAGUGCUGUGGGCAUGGGGCAGCGCCAGCAGUAUGCGUAUGGACCUGGAUUCGAGAGGAGGCCAGAACACGGAAUGGGCCCAGACGGGAGUUUGGGAGCUGCCUCAGCACAACCCAGCAUGGUCCCAGUGAGUGCAGAUCCUGGCAUGUACUCCCCAGGUCGCUACCCGGGGCAGCAGCGGCACGAUCCUUAUGGCAAUCAGUAUCCUGGUCAGGUAGCUGCGACUGGGCAGCCCUAUUCCAACCAGCAGCCUGGGAUGUUCCCACAGCAGCAACAGAACUUCAAACGACAGAUGGAUGGGACGUACGGGCCUCCAGCCAAGCGCCAGGAGGGUGAGAUGUAUGGGAUUCCUUACACAGGGCCGGGGCAGCAGCCACAGCAAGAUGUAUACAACCAGUAUGCCAAUGCCUAUCCUGGUACGGAGCGCCGGCCAGUGCAGAAUCAGUUCCCGUUUCAGUACGGCAGAGAGAGAAUGCAGGUUGCCCAGGGUUCAGCCACACAACAGGCCAUGCCUCCACAGAUGAUGCAGUCUCCUCCUGAGGGCCCGCAGGGCAAUGUCUGGCAAGGACGUAAUGACAUGCCGUACAACUACCCAAACCGGCAAGUACCUGGGGCCCCAGCACAGGCUCCGGGUUACCACACCAUGAAUCGCUCUGAGGAGAUGAUGGGACCCGAUCAGAGAAUGAACCAUGAAGGACAGUGGGGUUCUCAUGUCAUCCAACGCCAGCCACCAUUCACAUCAUCCGCAUCCAUUGCUCCAAAUACGCGGCCCCCGCAGUCCAACUACCAAACACCUCCAGCAGUGCCAAACCACCUGUCCCAGGUCUCCAGCCCCGCCCCUAUGCAACGCCCACCCGAGAAUCGCACGUCCCCCAGCAAGUCCCCGUUUCUCCAUUCGGGGAUGAAGAUGCAGAAAGUUGGGGCACCGAUGCCUGCUGCGCACAUGGCUGGAGCUCCCUCACAGUCACCCAUGCUGAGACGGGAUAUCACCUUCCCUCCUGGUUCAGUUGAGGCAUCUCAACCAAUCCUGAAAUCUCGCCGGAGGCUAACCACAAAGGACAUUGGCACCCCAGAGGCCUGGCGGGUGAUGAUGUCUCUCAAGUCGGGUCUCUUGGCUGAAAGUACCUGGGCUUUGGACACCAUCAAUAUCUUACUGUACGAUGACAGCAGUGUAUCCACCUUCACGCUCUCUCAGUUGCCGGGGUUCCUGGAGCUACUGGUAGAAUAUUUCCGGCGGUGCUUGAUUGAAAUAUUUGGAAUUCUGAAAGAAUACGAAAUUGGAAAUCCUGGCCAAAGGACUCUGUUAGAUCCAGAACAGUUUGGGAAAGUACCGAUUGAUCCCGAGCCCGUGGGUGAGCAGUCCGCACACAGUGAGGAGGAGAUGGCAGCAGGCGCAGCUGAGAUCCCAGCCUCUGAGAGCCCAGAGGAGAAUAUCAAGCACGUCAGCAAAUUCGACAGGCUCCCUGUGAAAGUGGUAACAAAGAGUGACAUGUUUGUGGUGGAUCGCUCUCAUCAGCUGGGCAGGGUGCAGGAGUUUGACAGCGGCUUGCUGCACUGGCAGAUUGGUGGAGGAGACACUACAGAACACAUCCAGACACACUUCGAGAGCAAGGUGGAAGUAGCGCCACGGAAACGGGUCACAACCCGCGGAGGAUCGACUAAAAGGCAUCCGGCAGAAAGCAGGAAAGGGAUGACGGAAGGAGGGAACGAAACUCCGGUCAAGGAACAGCCCGAGAAGAACAUAAGUGCAACGGUUGAUGACGUGCUGUCGGCAUGGCCAAGCUCACUCAUGGAGGAGCCAGUGAAUAAUUCAACAGAGACCAGCAACUUGGAAAACAGCAAAUUUCCGUUUGUAAUUCACCAGGGGCAUAGUCAUAAAAACAUCACCAUUCUGGAGGACGAGCCACGUAGCAGAGACGAGCUGCCACUGUGCCUGGUGGCAGACUGGCAGGACUCAUUAACAAAGCGUUGCAUCUGUAUAUCCAAUAUUGUGCGCAGCCUGGCCUUUGUGCCUGGGAACGACGUGGAGAUGUCGAAGCACCCGGGCCUACUCCUUCUCCUGGGCAAGCUGAUCCUUCAGCACCAUGAACACCCCGAGCGCAAACUGGCGCCCUUAACAUACGAGAAGGAGGACGAGGAAGAUGAGGGCGUAAGCUGCGACAGUGACGAGUGGUGGUGGGACUGCUUAGAAGUAUUGCGUGAGAACACCCUCGUCACAUUGGCCAAUAUUUCUGGGCAGCUGGAUUUGUCUGUGUAUCCGGAGAGUAUCUGCAUGCCAAUUCUGGAUGGGCUGCUACACUGGGCUGUCUGUCCCUCAGCCGAGGCCCAGGAUCCAUUCCCAAUGCUCGGCCCCAACGCAGUGCUCUCCCCUCAGAGACUCGUGCUGGAGACGUUGUGUAAGCUUAGUAUCCAGGACAACAACGUGGACCUAGUCCUGGCCACGCCUCCCUUCAGCCGCUUGGAGAAACUUUAUGGGACGUUGAUCAGGGUCAUCGGUGACCGGAAAAGCCAGGUGUGCCGUGAAAUGUGCGUAGUGCUGUUAGCAAACCUGGCCCAGGGAGACAGCCUGGCUGCCAGAGCCAUUGCGGUUCAGAAGGGAAGCAUCGGCAAUCUGCUGGGCUUUCUGGAGGAUAGUCUCGCUGCCACCCAACUCCAACACAGCCAGUCUGGCCUGAUGCACUUGCAGACUGCGCCCAUUGAGCCAGCAAGCAUGGACAUGAUGCGCCGAGCCGCAAAGGCCCUCCUGGCAAUGGCUAAAGUAGAAGAAAACCACUCUGAGUUCACGUUGCAUGAGUCGCGACUGCUCGAUAUCUCUGUGUCGCCUCUGCUGAACUCUCUGGUUACAAAUGUAAUUUGUGAUGUACUCUUCAUGAUAGGCCAGUCAUGACAGCUGUUGGGGACCUGACCGUGUGUGUGCGUGAGUGGAGAUCUUUGAAUCGACUGUUUCUGUCCUUAUUUAUGCAAAAACCACCUCUCUUCCCAAAAUCUGUCCCCACCCAACUCUUAACAAUGGAAGGAUAUUGUAGUCAUUUUGAUCAAGUACCGAGGAAAAAAAAUUAAUGUUUGCUGCCUGUGUAAGUCUGAAAUGUUUUAACCAAAGUUGCUGUCUCGUUUACGGUGAGUUUGGGAGGCAGACGGUCCCCUGAAGCGCACCACUUUGAGGUUUUUAUGGUAAUUUUGGAAGCGAAGUGACUUGGAACUCCCGUGGUUCCGUGCUGUACUCUUGAGAGACGUAAGGAGCACUGGAAGGUGCCUCGUGGGAAGCUCUGCUACGCCAUUCAGGAGAAGGCCUGUGCAGUAGAUCCUAGAUGUAUGUAACCCUCAAUCAGCUGUAAACAUGAUGAUGUUUCACAAUGAGAAACAGUGGUUUGGCAGCAAACUGUAGUUUUAAACUUUUUAGUUUACAGUAAACGUGAAAAGCUUUCCCUCCCCCAAGUAUCAUGUGUAUCUACAACACCCUGACCUCUUCCCCUUGACUGUAUGAACUUCCCUGAUUCACCUCCUAACUGGUUUGAACCUUCCGCUACAGCCUGAGAGCUGUAAUGUAUAUAGAAGUUGUACAUUACACAUACCCUCUGAUUUGGUGGUUUUUUUUCUUCUCCUGUAGAAUGAGGUUUACAAUUUUCAUGACAUGGUCAAGCGAGAAGUGACUAUAGCUUUUAUUUCCAUCGGCCAUAUCUCCUCUGAGGGUGAUGUACAAGUUUCUGUAUGUAUAAAGUUGUGCUCUGUUUCGAGGAGAGCACGUGAUCACGUUUUCCUUUAUAAUCAAGGUGUGGAAAAAAAGUUUAGAUUCAGUUGAAGCUCACGAAAAUGAUGAAGAAACACAAUUUGAGAUUUUUCAAUGCUAUAAAAUCUGCAUAUUUGUAUUUCAGACGAUGUAGCUAAAACUUGAUGUAAAUUCCUCCUUUUUCCUUUGGCUUAAUGAAUAUCAUUUAUUCAGUAUGAAAUCUUUAUACUAUAUGUUCCACGUGUUAAGAAUAAAUGUACAUUAAAUCUUG